UCAGUCUCGUGGUGAGUGUGGCGUGUAGUGGUGGUGUGCACGGGCUGUGGCUGGCACCUUCGACGCUCCACAGUAUUCCUCAUGUAUUGCGUCGGCGUGGUGUGGCGAUAAUUGUUUUAAAUAGCAAGUCACUUUUUUUUGUGUGUGUAUAUUGGCUCGUGUUGGACAGGCAAUAACAUUCGUGCAUAACGUACAGCCUGACAACUAGAAACAAUCAUCAGUAUUGCCUCGUACAAGUGUGUUUUAUUGUGCAAGUGUUGAGAGACGAAGUGAGAGCCGCAGCGUCAGCACAACCACCGCUCUGCUGAGGCUGUGUGGUGUGGUAGCAGCACCACAACCAUGGACCACGACCACGGCAGCCACGCCCAGGGCCACAGCAUGCCGCCACAACAAGUGCCCAACACCACCAUGACCACCCUGCAGGAUGACGGGAUUCUGACCGAUCAGAUGUUGCACUUGCCUCUUCUUCAUGGAGGGGUGAGAGAGAUCCUCCUCUUCCCCUUCUUCGCCACCUCCGACGAUGCCUCCUUCGCCCUCGCCUGCCUCAUCCUCGUUGUGGUCGCCUGUGCCCUAGAGCUGCUGAGGCUUCCCCUGUCGUUCAUGGACGAGGUCUACCUGUCUGAGGCGGGCAGCACCGGCGCCGCCUUCGCCUGCCGGUGCAAACACACUGCUGCCACCCAGACGCUUAUCUCCAGCGGCGAUGUUAAGAACUACAACACCUUAACCAGUGAAAAGGAACAACAGCAACAACAACAGAAAGAACAACAACAGGAGGAGCAGCAUAUGGGAAGCUUACAAAGGUGGGCGCGGCUGGCGGGCGUGGGCAUUAUGCAGACGUUGGUGUACCUGGUGGCGACCCUUCUCAUGCUCGUGGCGAUGACCAUGAACAUCUACAUCAUCCUCGCCCUCAGCGCCGGCUCCGGGGUGGGCAAGAUGGUAACGCUGUGGCUCCGGAGACGCUACAGGGAGAGGAGCUGGAGUGGGAGCAAGCAUCACUGUUACCAGAGAUUCGUUGCCUCCUCGACCUCCACCUCCGACUCGUGUGUCGGUUCUUCUGCGUCUCUGUCCCCUCAAGGCGAAUAGUUGUCUCACGCGAUGCUUUCUCUCUCUCUCUCUCUACCUAUCUUUCCUUCCCCUUCUUCCUCCCACUAAAGAUGGUGAAGAUGAUGAUGAUGAUGAUAAAAGAAAGACAAAAGAAAAAGACGAAAGAAGAAGCAAACAAAAGAAAAAAAGAAAGACAAAAAGACAUAAGAUAACAAAAGAAGAAAAAUAAAAUAAAAGAAGAAGAGAAAGGAAGAAGAUAAAAAAAGACAGGAGAAGAAGAAAAAGAAGAAGACAGAAGAAGUAGAGAAGAAAAACAGGGAACAGAGAUAGAUAGGGAGAGAGAGGGAGGAGGAUAAGGAAAAUCAAGAACAGAGAGGAGCAAGAGGAACCAAGAGGAGGAAGAGGAGGCCCCACCAUUCAUAACUUCCUGAAGGAGGCGCUGAGGGUAUGGCUUUGUGUGACGAGUAGCAGAAGUAGGCAUUGUCCCCUUGUGCCUCUCCCUCCCCCUUGUAGAGUGGCAUUAUGUCGCCUCGUAACCGCCCUGUAAACUUGUAGAAAGGUAUAAUGUCACCUUGCAGCUCCUUGUAACCUGGAAGAGUAGAUGCUGGCUAUGUGUAGUUACGCCCCUCGUCCCGUUAUGUCCCCUUAGCUGCCUCUUUGAAGUGAGCUUGUAAGUGGCAAGUGGCUGCUCGCUCCCCUGCACAGAGCACCGCAAUGUGACCCUUCAUGAGCCCUUUCAUUCAUAUACCCUCCCUCCCUUCCUUCUAGUCUCUUCGCCUAUUAGAACACACACACACACACACACACACACACACACACAAAUACGAAAACGCGUAUACCCACAUAAAAAGAACACACACACACACACACACACACACACACACACACACACACACACACACUAUUGGAGUCGUAAAUGUGCUAAAUUUGUUUUGUAUAAAGACUUUUAAUGCAAAUGUUCCUCAUAAACAAAGAUUUUUAAAAGUGGUCGGUUGAUAUAGACAAAUAAAAAUAUAGCUAUUGUGUCAGUAAGUGACAGCUUCGAAUUAUGUAAAGAAAAUCCUGUUUGCUAAAGGAGUUAUUAUAUUAUUACAGAGUAUUGCCAAGGGCUGUUUUUGUAAAGUCCUGAAUAAUCAAAUAUUUUUUAAGUUA